CUUGCCCAGCUCUCCUUGGCACCAUGGGCAUCCCUUGGCGGCGGCGGGGCAAGACGGCUCGGCUGGUGGGCCUCCUGCUGGUGCCCCUGGCAGCGGUCUUCUCCAAAGUUACAGAGAGCCGGGGGAUCCUGGAAAGUAUCCAGAAGUUCUCCUUGCUGCCAACAUACUUGCCUGUGAGUUAUCACAUCCAUAAUGCAGAUGUCUCCUUCUUUCUUAAAGAAGCCAACCAGGAUAUCAUGAGGAACUCUAGUCUUCAGUCCCGAGUGGAAUCCUUCUUGGUUUAUAAAUCGAAGAGGCCGCCCAUCGUGAAUGCAACUUAUGGACCCUUUUCCAUCGAGCAAGUGGUUCCCCAGGAUCUUUUGUCCCCUUCCAAUCCAUUUGGAUCCACUGCUCCCAAGUUUUCUUUUAACUGGAAGCUGAAGGCGUACAUCAUGAACAACAAAAUCUAUCCAAGCCGGCCCAAAGUCCAAAUUCUGUUCUAUAUUGUUGGAAGGGACUGGGAUGAUUACAGUGUCACUGAAAAGCUGCCAUGCUUAAGGGUCUUUGCUUUUCGAGAGACGAGGGAAGUCCGAGGUAGCUGUAGACUGAAGGGGGACCUGGGACUAUGUGUGGCUGAGUUGGGACUCCUUCCCAGCUGGUUUAAUCCACCCACAGUGGUCACAGGCCGUAAGAAACUAUUGAAUCAGUCAGAAGGGAGUCCAGUAGAACUUUACUAUGCUAUCCAACAAGGAGAUGAGAAAGGGGAUUGUGCAAAGGAGGACCCAAAGAAAAACAAUGGGAUCAGACCUGGACGCAAUGAUAUUGAUGAAUCAGGGCCACCGUUGCAGAGAAUUGGAAGUGUUUUCCUGUAUCAGACAAGAGGCAGCCCUUCCUUGAGUGAAAUGCGGCUGGAUAGUAACAUUGCUAUCCAGUAUAUACCAAAGACUGUCAAGCAGGGAGAUGUCUUGACCUUUGUGGUAUCUAUUGCUCCGAAUUCAACAGUGGACCAGUUCACAUUAAGGGCAAAGGUGAAGAAAGGUGUGAGUGUUUUCAGCAUCAGAGCCAGCAACCCGUAUACAUGGGACGUGCAAAAGAGUGUGGAUUAUAUUGGGAAAUAUGCACCGGCGGUUAUAUUUUGUCGAAGGAAAUCAACUCCCCUGGGGAAAAGUAUGAGUGCCCCUCCGUCUGAGAUCCUGCAGAUUGACUUUGAAAUUGAAGAUCUCAGUGAAUUGCCAGGGACUCAGCUUAUUACGUGGCAAGUUGAAUAUCCGGGAGACAGAACAUCUGACCUUGGCAUCUCCAAGAUUUACGUAAGCCAGAAGGAUCUCAUCGCUGUUCUGCCAUUGGCUAUGGAAGCAGAGAUCUUGAACACGGCUAUUCUCACUGGGAAAACGGUAGCUGUCCCUGUCAAGGUGGUCUCAGUGGAAGACGAUGGAACUGUCACCGAUCUUCUAGAAUCAGUAGAGUGCAGGUCCUCUGAUGAAGAUGUCAUUAAGGUCUCUGACAGAUGCGACUAUGUCUUUGUCAAUGGGAAGGAAAUGAAAGGCAAAACAAAUGUCCUGGUCCAUUUCAUGUACCAGCAUCUGACUGCUCCACUGGAGAUGACUGUCUGGGUGCCCCGUCUCCCAUUGCAGAUUGAGGUCUCUGACACAGAAUUAAAUCAAAUCAAGGGGUGGAGGAUCCCUAUUGUUUCAAACAAAAGACCAGCUCGAGACAGCGAUGAUGAAGAGGAGGAUGAGCGGAAGGGACGAGGCUGUACCUUGCAGUACCAGCAUGCCAUGGUGCGGGUCCUCACACAGUUCAUAGCUGAGCCCUCAGAGUCAAGUGGGCAAAUGGCAUUUCUGCUGGGCUCAGACUGGCAGGUUGACAUCACCGAGCUGGUGAGCAAUUUCAUUCAGGUGGAAGAACCGAGAAUUGCCAAACUGCAAGAUGGACAAGUGUUGGUUGGACAGGAGCUAGGAAUGACAACAAUACAGAUUCUUUCCCCGCUUUCUGAUGCCAUUCUAGCUGAGAAGACAGUGACCGUUCUUGAUGAAAAGGUGACCAUUACGGAUCUGGGAGUCCAAAUCGUGACUGGCCUUUCGCUCUCCUUACAACUGAGCCCAGGAAGUAAUAAAGCCAUCUUUGCCACAGCGGUAGCCCAGGAGAUCCUUCAGACACCCAAACAGGAAGCUGCUAUCAGUUGCUGGAUCCAGUUCAGCGAUGGAGCGGUCAUGCCUUUGGACAUUUAUGACAUCAAGGACUUCUCGCUGGUGGCAACUUCUCUGGAUGAGAAAGUGGUCUCUGUUCAUCAGAGCCCCAAAUUUAAAUGGCCCCUCAUUAUGGCUGAAUCUGAAGGCCAGGGCCUGUUAGUGAGGGUGGAAAUGGUGAUCAGUGAAUCGUGCCAGAAAUCAAAAAGGAAGAGCAUUAUGGCUGUUGGAACUGGUAAUAUCAAAGUCAAGUUUGGCCAGGGUGAUGCCAACAGCAGUGACAGCAGGCGCGGCGGGGCAGGUGUAAACCUGGAAAAUCACACCAGUGAUAGACGUCAGAAGAUGACGCUGAAGGAAAGAUCUCGACAAGAUGGACCUUAUUACAGCUCAUCGAUGGGUCAAGAAGAAACAAGAGGGACCAGCACUCAGAAAUCGAUUCUGAGUAAAAAGGAAGAUCACGAGAGCCUCUUGGAUGACGAUGGCCAUAUGCAAAACAUCCCAGUUGACUUCACCAGCUUCCCAGCGCAAGUGGAUCUUCCUAGAAGCGAGGGAGAUUUAGAAGAAAAUGACCUUGUAGAGACGCCCCGGGGCCUAAGUGACUUGGAGAUUGGGAUGUACGCUUUGUUAGGAGUCUUCUGCUUGGCCAUUCUCGUCUUCCUUAUUAACUGUGUCACCUUUGCGUUGAAGUACCGUCACAAACAGACCCCCUUUGAGGAGCAAGAAGGCUUGAGGCAUUCUCAUGACUGGGUGGGCUUGAGCAAUAGGACAGAACUGCUUGAGAACCACCUCAAUCUCUCCACCCAGCAGGGAGAGUGCAUUACAGCUGUAGAUCGAGGGGUGGACUUAGAAGAAAGCAAAUACCUCCUUGAUGUCAAUGCCCAGAAGAACCUCAAUGGCCAGAUCUUUAGAUCCUCAGACUCUGCCCCAUGCCCUGAAGGGAAGGAACAGAGGAACGAUCAGGCAGCCUCACCCACCUCCAAGCGAAAAAGAGUGAAGUUCACCACGUUCACCACCAUCUCUUCAGAUGAUGGGUGCCCCACUGUCAAUUCCAUCUUGACAAGCAGCGAGGAUGAUAUCAAGUGGGUUUGUCAGGACAUGGACCUGGGGGAAUGUAAAGAACUAAGAAAGUAUAUGGAAAGGCUACAUGAAAAUGCAUAACAAUACGCUGGAAACUGUUCCGUUUUCGUUUGCCCUUUCUUUUUCCACUCACCUUUCUGCCUUUAAUUUGGGGGUAUUGGGAGAAAUAAAACGAAACAAUACAAACAUUUGUGAACAAUCAAAACGAAGCGGUGGAGGUCCCGAACAGCAACUCUUACCUGUGCUCAGUGGUUCUUAAGUCAGAUGCUUGGGAAGUAUUCCGAUGCAAAGCAACAUA